AUGGCAGAGCCGCGGAGUGCACUUUUUGUCAUUGACAUCCAGAAUGACCUGGCGACAGACGAGGCGACAAGGAUACCGCAUGCAACUCGCAUACGCUCUGCAGGCGAAGCGAUCCUGUCUGUAGCCCGGAAGGUCGUUGAUUCCUACCGCACGAAGCAGGAGAAGUCGCCGUCCAUCAUCGUGUUCGUCCAACACGAGGAGACGCCCGAAUCGGGUGCACUCGUUCGUGGGAGUACGCCCUGGGAGCUUGUCUUUAAUCCGCGAUCCGAUAUCUCGGAGGAAAUUCUUGUGGCGAAGACAGUCCGGAACACCUUCGAGUCGAAUCCCGAUCUGGCCGACAAAUUGAAGGCAGAGGGCAUAACGCGGAUAUCUGCAUUUGGUAUCCAGAGCGAGUGCUGCGUUCAAGAGAUUUGCAAAGGCGCCCUGGCGGCUGGCUUUGAAGUGACGCUUCUACAGGGUGCUCAUUCAACCUACGACACAGGGGCAGCUUCUGCUGUCGAGAUUGAAAAGCAGGUUGAGGACUUGCUUCGAAGUGGUGGUGCGACUAUCACGCCUUGGAGAGAUGCUGUGGCCAUUUGGGAGAAGCAACGAAGGAUGUGA